AUGACAAAUGUUGAUCUUCUCAAUGCAGCCUUCACAGCCAUGAUGCCGGGCUACACUUUUGUGACAGAAAAAGAAUAUCAUGAAAGAAAAAAAGAAUAUGACGAAAAACAAAUAGAAUAUAAUGAAAGGCAAAAAGAAGGAUAUCAUGAACAACAAAACUCACAUGAUCUGAUGAUACAGGAGUAUACCGUUUAUCAACCUGUCGACAUGUAUGCAUUUCAUCAAUGUAUUCUUGUUGGUGGUGAUGUUUAUCUAAUUGACAGAAUUGACGAUGAUGAAUUAUCUUCGACAUCAAAGUCCUUUGAUAGCUUGACGAUUAGUAAUAAUGUUACUGUACAAAUAUUUAUAAAAAUGCUCUGUGGUAAGAGUAUCACACUUGAAUGCCAAUACAACGAUACUAUUGAUACCGUGAAACAAAAAAUUCAGGAUAAAGAAGGCAUCCCAUCUAACCAGCAGAGACUUAUUUUUGGUGGUAGACAAUUAGAAGGAGAGAAAACUCUUAAUUAUUACGAUAUUACUAAAGGAUGCACGUUACAUUUAGUUCUGAAUCUUCUUGGUGGCGGAAAUGUUGUAAGUUAUUUGAGUACGAAUUUUUUAGAACCGAGCUUCGAUUAUGAUUUUACAAAUAUUGAUGACAAAGACUCGACAUUUACUCGUGGAAAUGUUUUAUACCGAAGACCGUGUGGAUGGAGACGUUUUGCCUUAAAGGUUUCUAAAAAAUAUGAUAAUGGAAAUGAUGGAUGGCUUGGAACUGAUACAAAUGCCUGGCCUGUAUCUUACCAUGGUACUAGUAAAAAUAAUUCAAAGUCGAUUUCAGAAGAAGAGUUUUUAUUAAGUAAAGGAUUGCGUUUUGCACACGGACAUGGCAUUUAUUCAUCUCCUGAAAUGGAUGUUGCUCAACGAUUUGCUCAAGAGUUUGAGUACAAUGAUGAUAAAUAUUUGGUAGUUAUCCAAAAUCGG